AUGGACUUCCCACAACGGCGGAAGAAGGCUGCAACCUACGGCAAAGCGUCGCGCAACACGGGCUUUAAGCUCUUCAACGAAGCGCCGUCACCCGAGAAGCCGCGUCUGUCAAAACCCUCGUGGACCGCAAGCAGGGAAUACAACAUCUCGUCGCGCCAGGAUGUCGCGCCCGCUAGAGAUGCCCCGGAAAAGGCGAAGGCUGACUCCAUGUCCAUAUUCGACAUGCCCUCUUCCGACGAAGAUCUUUCUCGGCCCUCGAAACCUGCGGCAAAGAAACUCCCGACCAGGAAGACUGCGCCGCAGACUGUAGCGAAGGCUGGGAACGUGUCUUCCGAGGAUUCUGCGUCUGAACAGCUACACAAAGAGGUUGCAGCCGCAGAGGCCAAGAAAGUCUUCCGGGAACGAAGUCCGUCCGUAAGCAGGCAUGCAGAGAAGCCUGUUGGGAAAAAGGCAUCCACAAGUGGAAACCAAGUGGUGCGCCGUGACCCCGUUGUUUUGAUACGCGGUACACGACCAGAAAUGGCGAAGCAACCCUCGGGCAAAAGGUCUCUCGACCUGGUUGAAACAUCGGAGGAUGACAUUAAUGCAGUGGCUGCCGUCAACGAGCGGCCUAACAAGUCCAUCAAGAGCGUGCAGACGGCAGGUCAUCAACGGCCAGAACUCAAGCAUCCUGCUACCGGCUCAUCCACAGACGAAUUGGCUGGCCCGUCUCAGAAGGAUAAUACCAAGCCAGCAAAGAAAGCGCGACCUACAACCGUCGUAAUGGGGAUACGGACCGCACGUCUGCAGAAGAAUGAGUUAGAAAAUGCUCCGACAAGCCAGACAGACGCACUCAAAACGUCUGCGACGUCUGCAACGUCUGCAACUCAGGCAAUCAGAUUAGCAAGAGCACGACGGAGCGAGUCAAACCCCAUGGUUUCCAGAGUUUCAGUUCAAAAAGGGAAGUCUGCACCAACGCUGCUACAAAAAAUGCUGCCCUCGCCAGAGACCAAACCCUCCAGCCCUGCCGAGUCACUCCAAUCUCCGCCAUCACCUGACUUGCCAAGCGAUGAUGAAGAAGAAGACGAUGAAGCACCGACACCAGCGACGCCGCCCGGCAGGACAUCAAAAUCACCCUUUGGAACAGUGACCCCGCGACAACACAAGGCGUGGAGCAAACUUCUGGAUGAGGACGACGCUGUAGCAGGGAGCCCGAGUGCUCUCAACCUCAAUGAACUCAAAAUAGUUCAAUCUGUCAAAUCCCGAAAAACCAUGCUGCAACGAUCUAGCUCCGACAUGACACACACGUCUGGUAACAGGCGACGACGUCUAAUAGACACGUUGAAACAAGAUACAGAUUCAGAAGAGAGUGAUGAAGAUGAAUCCAUGACCGAUACCGAUGAGACAACUUUCCCCAAAGUUGAGAAGAGCAGUCACAACCGAGCUCCUGCUGGCCUAUCUUCAAGAAGCUCCCAAUGUACUGGACCAAACUCAAGCUUUUCUCAAGAAGCCACAUCAUCUCAACCAUCAGUUCCAGGCAACGCAGGUCCAAAGCUUACCUACGCUCGCACAAGAUCAUAUCUUAACGAGAGUAGUCUCGAGGAUGAGCUACUGCUAGGGCUUCCUAGCUUUGAGAAUCUCGGUCCAUCGCGUAGAGCACCAGCUCAGGCUGACCUGGAUGAACUCGAAGACGGUACCAGCGGUAUGCGGAACAUUCAUGAACUCCGGGCUGCAGGAACUGCGCGACGUGUCGUGGACGACAUCGAAAAUCUUCUCGAUGACAUUGAGGAGAAGAAAGUGAACUCUCUGUCGCGGAGACGCAGUGCUCUGAUGGAGUUGUGCGCGAAAUUGACCGAUAAGUCUUAUGUUAGUCGCAUGGUCGAUCACAGCCUGGACAGCCGACUUUUCCACUUUUGUGGUACAACGACGGAUCCUAUUCUUGGGUUCUUCGUUGCUUGUGCGAUGAAGUUCAUGGUGUUGGCCGAAGCACCAAAGACGUCUGUUGCUGCCAUGUACAGUGCUGGAUGUCUGAGGACGCUAGCUGGAUUGCUCAAGUAUGAUUCCGACAUAACAAAAAUCGCAAGAGAACGUCGCACCAACAUGUCCAAGGUCGCGCAAGGCAUGCUGGGUGAUUUCCGGUCGCAGGUGGUGAAGAGUAUCUGGCCCGAAGAACAACUCGAUGUCGUCUCCCCACGAGCUGUCGCACUGAAGAGCUUGGAAUCUGUAGUGCGCAGGCUAAGGGAAAGCGGGAACUCUGAGGAUAUCCUUGGCUUCCGGGCUUUUGCAGACGUGGCGGCCAUCUCCAAGGAGCCAGCGCACAAGCUGGCUUCAGGAUCUGCCUCGACUUCGGACGCUGCGCUGCUGGAGCUCACACUGUCAAUCCUAGAAUCUGGCUCUCUGAAUGCGUCAGCCUGGACCAACUCCUCUACGGAUGCCGACGCAUCCAUGGGCCAGCUUGCAAGUUCCAUUGAUGCAGUCAUCAGCACGGGAUCGUCAUUGACCGACCAGUUGGAAGCACUCAGUCUUCGUCUCACGUUGAACCUGACAAACAACAACCCUGAAGUCUGCAACGUAUUUGCUCGGCCAACGCUCAUACAGAACCUGUUGCGCUCGAUAGACAACAGGUGUCGUGCUUUGGGGGACCCAUUGGAUGAAGAAGAGCACAUCAGGACUUUGGACCGUCUCAUCCUCACACUUGGCGCAAUGAUCAAUCUCGCCGAAUUCAGCAAUGAGGCACGAGUGGCUUCCAUGAGAGAUGGCGACGACCUGCUUAAUUCCCUCGUGCGGGCUUUUCUUGAGGGCAUGGAGCGAGCUGCUCAAGCAGACUCGAUGGAAGAAUCCCAAUCCAGCGUUGCGUACGGCUACCUCGCUGUUCUGCUUGGGAAUCUUUGCCAGAACUGGGCAGUCAGAGAGAAAGUCCGCGCCAGACUACCGCAUCAGCGCUUGGAUGUGCUGAUCCACGCCGUCGAAGAAUUCAUCUUCGUCCAUCAAAAGGUUGACAAAGAAGCAUUUGAUGGCGAAGAGGGCAGAGAGGUCUGGGCAAACUACACGGCAAGGCUGCAGGGAGUGAUCGACAGGCUUCAAGGACGGCAAACCUAA